AAUUUCUUUUGUCUAUUCAGGAGCAUUCUUAAUCCCGUAUGUAAUAUCACUUGUAUUCUGUGGAGCACCACUCUUCAUUCUUGAAACAACAUGGGGUCAGCUGCUAAGUGUUGGCGGACUUGGAAUGUUCAAAAUUUGUCCAAUUUUCAAAGGGGUCGGUAUAGCAGCAGCAGUGAUGGCAUUUUGGCUCAACAUCUACUACAUUGUUGUGCUAAGCUGGGCGAUGUGUUAUCUGUGGAAUUCGAUACGACUUGAUUCAAACGUUCCGUGGCGUAACUGCAAUAAUGAGUAA